GGCAUAAAGUCCAUUCCUGCGCAGGGCUCUGGAACCGCCCGUGCCUACGUAACCACGGAUGGAAGCAGCGCAGCGGAGCGCUGCCACGGGCCGACAGAGCACUUCUAAGUCACAGCAACGUGUAUGCAAAGACUUUGUAAGGAACACGUUGUAAGGACGACGUUUCGGGUCCCGUUUCCAGCGAUAACAAAACUGGCAUUAACACAGGAGGCACAGAGGGGCCCCGGGAAGGCCCGUUAGCCCCGCGCAAGCCGGGCCGCAGCAGCGAAGAGGACCCGCAGCCCCCGGACGACACGCCGGAGAAACGCGGCCCCGGGGCUCCGGUACAGCCCGGCCUCCAGCUGCGGAUCCCGAGCAGCUCAGCGCACGCCCGCUGUACGCCCCGCGCCGCCGCCCCAUCCCGUCAGACGCAGCGCAGCCGCCUGCGGGCACGCGACGCGACGGAGGCCGCGCUGCUUCUGCUCCGGCACGGCGCCGCCGCGUACGUGGGGGACGCGCGGCAGCGGCCCCGAGGAAUCGGCACCGGGCCGCAGACGCACCCGCGGCUCUCCCGGCCCGACGACGGGGCGCGCACCCGCCCGCAGCGCCGGACGCCGGGCCCGGCAACAGCCCCACACGGGCGGCUCAGUGCGCACAACUGUCAGCCCGGGGCCACAGCACAGCUCGGAGACGGCCAGAGCGGCACAAAGCAGCAGAUCCUACUCAGAACUGUAUUCACAUCUACACUAAUCCUGAGUAAUCCUUGGCGGACUGUGAGCCGCGCACUAAUGGAAGCCCUACCCAAACCAACAGAGGAAUGAUGCUGUGCGUACGGCCCGCAGCGGUGGGAUGGAGGCAGUGAGGAAGCACAGAGCAGCAGAGGGGAUGGAAGCACAAACGAGCUGCUCCAUUUCAAAUGAGUUAAGCUAUGUCACAGACACAACUGGUGCUGAACAAGAUGACUUACCCUGUGAUGGAGUUGGGGGAAUAGCCUGUGAACACCAUGACAAGUCUGAUCGAUUGCAUGACUGCAUUUGUACGACACGUAUUUCUGAUACUUUAAACUUACCCAGUUCUGAAAGUAACAGAAACGCAUCAGCAAAUGCUGAGAUUCACAUACAAGCUGAACGUGUCCGUGACUGUGCUACAGGUACCAGACAAACCCUCAGAAUUUCAGCUGGAGCACCUGGAAGUGAAGUGUCCUUCACACAGGCAUCACCAGCUGGUGGUAAUCAACCACACGGCAAAGACCCUCCCUGUCAAUCCAACAUGUCCCAUGUCCUUCUGCGUCAUUUUGCUACGGGAGAGUUAAUGAGCACAUGGCAGCUGAUUGAACACGAGACCGUACCAGAAACAUCCCUGACUGACAGUACUGGCAAAACCACAAACAAACGCGAGACUUCUGAACAUGAACAACAGGCAGCCAAGUUUGAAGAGCACCACUUAGAAAGGCUCAAAGCAGUGGAUACUGGAGGGAAAGAUCAGAAUUUGCUAAACAAAAAUAAAUUUCUUUCAAAAACCUCUACUUAUGCUAAGUGCGGGUGCAGACAAGAAAAUUCACAGUUGAUUAAUGAGUACGAAGAUGCACAUAUCUUUCAAAACACAGAAGAACAAAAAUACGUGUUUAAGAAAUCAUUUCCAUCUCAUGAGCUCAUAGGAGGCCAUGGUGAAGUUCUGAGAGGUCAGGAAGACAAUAAUGAAGUCAGUUCAGAAAUCCAAGUACUGAAAAUGAGUGAAAAUAACAAAUCAGUUCCCACCAUUAAGAGAACAACAUCCUUCCCUACACUGCUAAAUAAGCCAGUAACUAGGAACAACAGUCUAGAAAAUCAGAACUGUUUUGAUUCCAUUGAAGUCACAUAUCAGAAAGAAACGAGCAUUCCAGAAGUGUCUCAACAGCGAAAGUCAGGUUUUCCGAAUGCAGGAUUUGCCAUUUACUCAGGAGACACUGGGACAGCCCCUGAAUCCUCUACAGCAGACACUUCUGUCCUUCCACAGCCUACACGUGGUUUGUCUGAACCAAGAUUGCCGUGUGGGACAACAGCAUCUGCAUUUCCAGCAACUCGUACAGUAGAAGUAUGCAGUCUAAAUGCUUCUAAUUUACUGCCUGAAAUAACACAAGGAGAGAAGAUGUCCGAAAUACUAAAGGAACAGACAGAUCAACUAAAAAUGAAAGUGGAAGACUUCUCUAAACACAUGACCGAAGAGACACUCCUCUUACAAGAUGAUUAUCUGGCAUUAAAUCAAUUGAAAAGAUACCUUGAUGCCUUGGAAAGGAAUUAUUUAACUGCUAGAGAGGAGCACCGUAACUUACAGCUGCAGCACUACAAGGACAAGUCUAUCAACAUUGGAGAAUUUGAUCCUGAAAGAAAGGUAGAAGGAGAAAUAUUUAGACUUGGCACACUGCUUGAAGACAUCCAAGAACAAGCUGAUGACAGCAAGCACAGAUGGGCUCCUUCGCUUACUUCCUAUGGAUCUGCCCAUUCAUCACAUUCCCUUAGGGAGAGCUCAGUCCUUUCCAGUGUUAUGGAUUCUCCUGAAGAAAAUGCAUUUCUUCCCAAGAACAAUGAAGGAGAAAAUACAAGCCAGACAAGUUCUGUAAUCCCCCAGAAAAAUGCCCACUUCUCUUUAGAAUGUGACAGAUGCAAUCUUCGAAUUCACACGUUACAGAAGAGAGCUGAAUCAGUUUACAGAGGAGAAAUGGAUCCUCAGGGAGAAAGUUGUCCGCUAGCAAGCAAGCAUUCUUCAAAUGAGAUGAGAUACUUUUCACCUGAAAGAAAAUAUGAGGCUGAAGGUCUUGGAUUCCAUGCUCAGGGUACAUUAAGUCAAACAUACAGUGCCAGUGAAGAGAGUAUGAAAGGAAGUACCACCCAGGAAAGGAAAACUGGAAUAUGUACAAUCUUCAUUCUAAGAAAACCAGCUGAUUUAUCAGAUAUAAGCCUGAAAUUUAAAUGCAGAUGCUCCAGAGAAAGCCAAAACCCAUUUAAACUCAGGAAUCACAAGGAGUCUGUUCAGUCCUGUGCUCCACGUAGAAAUAAAAACUCUGGUUCAACUUGUUAUUCCCAGAAGAGACUCCCCAGUCAAAAGGCUCAAACAAAUCAACAGCCUCCUAAACCUGUCAACAGACUUUCUAAAAGGGACUUCUGUCUCAGGGUCCUGAAGUAACUGGCUGAUGUAGCUUCCAAGCCACUCUAUAUCAUAACUCACCAGUCAAGGCUGUCAGGCAACAUCCCUGUGAUUGCAAAAAGGGCAACAUGGCUCUCAUUUACAAGAAAGGGAGAAAGGAAGACCCAGGGAAAAACAGGUCAGUGAUUUUUACCACUGUGCCUACAAAGAUCAUAGAAUUAAUCUCCUGGAAGAUAUAUUAAGGCAUGUGUGAGGUAAGGAGGUAAUCUGCCACAGCCAGCACGAUUUCAGCAAGGGUAGAUCAUGCCUGAGUAAUCUGGCCACCUUCUAUGAAGGAGUGAUGGCAUAAUUGGACAAAGGAAGGGCAGCUGAUUUUAUUCAGCUGAACUUAGGCAAGGCCAUGGUCCUGCAUCACAUCCUUAUCUCUGAAUUGGAAAGCUAUGGAUUUGUAGGGUGGACAAUCUGGAGGUUAGAGCUAGAUGAUUUUUACAAUCCCUUCCAACCUAAGCCAUUCUAUGAUUGGAAUAUUUCCUUGCACUGAUCGUUCCAGUUCAAGUCCAGGAACAUAAGAACACACGAGCAACGCAGUAAACAGUGGAAGUAUCAGAACUAUUUUCCUAAGACUGUUUAGCUUUAGCUUUGUCUAAUAUAUAAUAAGGUGCAAAUUCCAGUGGGUACUCAACUCUUAGAAUACGUGUGAUGUUUUACUCCCUCUGAAUACCAGCAUCUGAUUAGUGUUAUGAGCAAAAAAACUACAGUUGUUCAACAUUAGGAAUACUUAUUCCCUCUCCUCCGCUGUGUCACCAUUUAGUUAACACUACUAGAAGCAAUAACACUGUCACGUUAGCAGAUUCCAGCCCUGAGAUUCAAGAACUAAUGGGAUAAGGCAGAAAAGUACAAUUAACUAAACUAGAAAAAUCCCAUAAUUCCCUCUCAGUGCUACUAAGCAAAAAACUCCUUGACAGCAGGGUUCAAUUACAUAACAUAGUCACGCAAAGAAGCAACAGAGGUUGAAUUUGAAACUUAAGGCAUUAUUUUCAAGAACGAUGCCACCAAACACCAUAGCAGAAGUAACUGUCAGAAGAAAUGAACAAAUCCGUUUUGCUUAAGUCACAGUAUGAUCAUCCAUUAUUAAAACUUCACACUAAACUACUCAAAGUGACUCCAUCUUCUCUUACUGGGAACAUGGAAAUGCAUUUCCAAUUGUGAGGCAAAAAAAGCUUAAUAAAGUCAGUCUAAAUAACAAACUACCAAAGCUAAGAAGAGUUACUACAUAAACAAUCAAGUUCAGUAUAUUUUAGGUGACUUUAAAAAAAAGUAUUUUUACACCUCAAAUAUUACCUUAUAUAAAUUAAAGCACUUCGAAAAUUAACUUUUACAAUGCCUCACAACAUAUAUGACAAAGAAGUCAAGAAAGAUAUAAGUUUACUUCUGAAGAAAUUAAAUAGUUUACCUUACUAUUCCUGAGCCAUUCCAGGUAGGAGGACACUGGGAACAAUAAGGCCAUUCUUUGGAAUCCAGUUUGUUUUCUAUAGCAUCCUUCAAGACAAAACAAAAACUCACUUUGAAAAGUCAUGGAAAACAAAAGCCAAUCAAGUUUCAACUUCCAAUAAGGAUACCUAACUGGAAUUUCAAGUAAAUUCUCAGAACGGCAACCAACAUCCCAACAACAGUGUUUCAAUAUAGCAAAAAAACACACCACAUAAAGCUAUAAGUUAUUCUAAGCCUUUUCUAUAUCAUUAGGAAAUGAGAGUACGCAUGCUUUCUUCCCAAAAAAGAAUACUGAUUUGAUCAUUCAGGUAUUACUAGUAGUUUCUCCAUCAGCAAUCACCCUGACUUACUUUGUUUUUCCAAACACCAAUAUGAGAGAAGUAAUAGAUCCCUGAAGAGACAUUAGGUUUAUGUAUCCAUCAAGUUAACAAAAACCUGCAAAUGACUGCACUGGGGCAGAAAAAUUACCUAGCAACCCUGCUAUUCUGCCAGACAUCAGUGACAAUCUGAUGCCAAGUACAAUUUUCUGGCCUUUACACGUCUGCAUUUUAGAUUUGCAUUACAAAUUGAAGACCUGCUGAAGGAAAACCAGAACAAUAACAGAAGCAGGUAAUAUCCAGAUCUAGUUCACACAGAAUAUUACUGAUGACGUGAUAGGCAGUUCAAAGAAAUACUUAAGAUUGAGGAAAAUCAACAUUUAAGGCAAACAACAAGGAGCACAGCACUCUAGUUAUCAAGACAUUUGAAGUGGUUAUUCAACAGAAUAUGGAGUAUAAUUGAAUUUUGAAAGAUUGAAUACAACUGCACACUUAGCAUCUCUCUGCAAUGCACUCAAGAAAUUAUUAGUAGGUCAAAUUUACCUCCAUAACAUCUUUUAUAAGAGGCGUCCACCUAGAGAGUUGAAAAGUUUCUUCUGAAGAGCGGUCCCUCCUUGGUUGUUUUUGUUGCUGAACAGCUGACUGAAGAGAUUUUCAAAACCUUAUUUUCAUCAUACAGGACAUUCAGGUUUUACUGAAAUUUAUCAGUUUGCAGCAGAUGGAGAAAAUUCAGUAGGAACUUAAAGACAUCAUCAUCCAUUACAAUCGUACCAUUAUUUAACUGAUAAUCAUUCUAUCUACAGGUAAUCACACCACUAGAAUAACACCUUUCAGAGACAAGUAUUUGAGCAGGCAAGCGCUUUCCAAAACCAGAUAGCUCAAGUCACCAUCUAAUGGUUUUAGUGGAAGCAUUAUAGGUAUCUCUCUUUGAAAGUUAUUUAUGCACAUUGUUCAAAAACACAUCAUGAAAACAAGAGCACCGAGUAAUAACUUGCUUCCAAAAAGAGUCCUAAUCAAUACUGCUGAUAUAAGAGUUGCUGAAAGCUUGGACAGUAGGAAAUUACAAAAGAAAAAUCUUACUGAAUUGGUAAUAGGAACAUGAAGGUAUUCCCAGUUUCUUAUCAUAUCACUAUCACUUUCUAUUUGCACAUUCUGGAUCAGCUUGUCCAAGUUCUCCUCGGUAGUUCCUUUGAUAUAAGAAAAACAAAUGACUUAGUUACCAUAUGACUGUCAGUGAGACUAAUUUUAGCUCAUGCAUUCUGGGCUAUUGUUUUUUUAAUUAAUACCUUUAUUUGGUUGGGUUUAUUUGUUUGUUUUAUUUUUUGAUUAGCCAGUACACAAUUUUAGCAUAGUCUAUUUUAGAUCAAAAAACUUGGUUCAGUGGUCCUCUUUUGAGAACAGAACUCAAUAUUGUUACAGAUUCUUCAAACCUACAUUCUGUAAAUUCACUGUUUUUUUUUUUUAAAGUACAGAUUCCUCCUCAUUUUCAGGCUGCAUGGAGCUCCCCCUUUAGCAGCUUCAGGAUUACACGGAAAGGACAAAAUUAAGUUGUUGCACACAUUCAAGCACAAGAAUAAUACUAAAAAAAAGAAUAAGGAUUGUGCUUGUAUUGAAAUCCUUAUUUCUUUACCAAGAGUAUCUUUAUUAUCUUUCAUGUCCUAUGUGGGAAGAAAAGCUACAGAGGACAGACAAGAUUUCUUCCAAACUCGGCCAACUGCUCAAGUUAAGUAAAAAUACUGGGCUCUACUGUAAAAUUUGAAAUGAAGUUCAUAACUCUUGAGAUAAACAGCAAAGCAGCUUAACGUACCAUUUGUACUGAAGAUAUACAGGAGAAUAGCUCUAAUUUUAUCAUAGCUGUCAUGACUUUUGUUAAGCAGAACCGGAAGGAGGACUCUCAUGGUGUCCUUCACUUUUUGACCUUCUGCAUCAGUUCCAAGAGCCAAGUCCUAAAUUACAAACAAAGCAAAUAAUGUUAGUAAAUAUUCAUUUAAGGAAAGCAUAGUUGUUCUAUGUCUUGAAAUACAUUUUUAUGGAACUGUAGGCCACGGGGAAAAAAAAAACAACAAAAGAUGCACCAAUUUAAACUCAUUAUGAAAAUCUUUUGACUUAAUUAUUUGAACAAUUACAACAUCAUAAUAAUACUACAUAAUGCAUAUAAAAAAUUGAAACUGAGUUUGCAGUGGACAUUGAAAAAGCUCCUAGACUAUUGGUCAGGCAAAACAGAUAAAAGUUAUCCUAAAAAUAUCAAAGACAUUCCAUCUGCUUAAGAGGGAUGAGCCAGCAGCUCAAAUGUAAGCAGCUACAGCCAUUGAUGUAUCAGUAUUUUAGACAUGAAACAUCAGGUUAUUGUAGUUCCAUUCCAAACUACAAAAAAAAAUUCAUCUCUCCUCUCCUCCAAAAUUACUGUAUUCUACAACCCAAAAGUGUCUCAAAGUAUGAAUACAAAAAUAGUUUAAUCUGCUCCAGACUGGUGCUCCAGUCCUCUGAUCAUCUUUGUGGCUUUCUUCUGGACCCGCUCCAACAGCUCUUCAUCCCUCCAUUGAGGGGGGCCCCAGGCUUGGACACAGUACUCCAUAUGGGCCCUCACCAGGGCAGGGCAGAGCUGGGACAAUCACUUCACUCUCCCUGCUGGCCACCCUCUUUUCAUGCAGCAAUCCAAAAUUCACAUUAAUAUGAAUUUAGUUUAUAAUUAAGAUUGCUAGUAUAACUGCAAUUACAACUGUAAUUCAAACACGUGCUUUUCUCAGAUAUUUAGGAAGUGUCUCCUUUAUCAGAACGUAGUAAGGCAACUACAUUGGAGAUUAGAAAGAAAAUAAGAAGGUAACCUUUAUACAGAUCAGCUGGAUUCAAAUGUAAAAGACCCUAACAGGAACACCUUAAUUGUUCAGAAUCUUGCACGUUUAAUUAAAUUCUAGUAUUAAUGCUGCCAAAGUAACAGGAAAAAAAAGGAUGUAAACUAGUGUAUCCAUUAUAUAAUAUAUAGACAUAUGCACACAGAUAUUUAUAUUAUUUAUAAGUAUUGUAUUUGUAACAUAUUUAGUAUAUAUACACAAUUAUAUAUAGUGUUUACAGACAUAUAUACAUUACGUAUUAUAUACAUAGCGUAUCUGUAGCGUAUAUCAGCACCUGUUCUCAAAGACAAUCCAGUUACAUUUGCACUAGUUUUAUUGGGUUGCUGUAUUUUUCUUUUCCAGCUUGUUUGAAACGUACCUGUUCAGUUUUACAAAGCCUUUCUAUGUUAGCUUUGAACUUGCUCAUGCAGUCUUCUGCUAUAUUAAGAUGGACAACUUGCUAGGAGACAGAAAAACCAGUGUCAUAGUUUGCUUUUGAUUUAUUUUUUAAACAUACCUAGCAAUCAUUUUUAUCAGUUACACAACUCAGUCUUUCAACUGGUAUUCACUAUCAUCACGCAUCUUCUAUAUUUCACCUUUCACGUCAAAACUGACCCCCAUAAUACUUUUACAACACUAAUUGCUCUGCUACCUGUAAUCCCCUGAGCACACAAGUAGUACAAAGAAUUAAGUAUUUUGAAGUAUUAAAACGAAACACUUUGGAACAAGUUCUUAACAAAAAUUUUUAGUAGAUGAACAUAAUAUGGAGAGAAGUUACAUAUUACGCUCAACGUGAAAAUGACAGAAUAAACCUAGACAUCAACAACAUAAUUAUGGAGUAUAAAAGAUUUAGCACUAAACUAUAGUAAUGAAAUGCUCCUUACCCUAGUGAUCUCCUUACGAUACUGUGGCAUCUUUUUCAUUAAGUGGGCCAGACCGGACAACGUUAACUGCAAAGAAACAACUAAGCUGAGUUUUCCAUCCCCAUAUUAGACACAGUUAUUUCCCUUCCUGUUGCUGUUUUGCAUUUUUCAAACGUUGCAGUAGUUACAGGUUUAUCUGUUUAUAUUCAGGUUUCUCUCCAAUACAGUUUAUAUUAAUUGCAUAGAACUAAUUGGCUGAACACACAUUAACAGGAAAAACAACUCUCAACCUACUUUCCCUUCUGCUGCUUUCUUCUUGGAUGAAACUUCUUUCAACAGCUGAGAUAUUUCCCUGUGCAAAAAUUGAAAAUAAUCAGAUACAACAGGACCACAGUUCUUAUGUAUUUUCGUACAGUCUUAUAGGAACCGAGCCAUGAGAAGUUUUGACUGAAAGGAAAAGCUUCAAAUAGAAGCUUUUCUCAUGUAGAGAAAACUGAAAUUAGACAAACUUUUUUUUUUUUUUUUACUAUUGCCACUAAUGACAGUAUGCAAAUAACUUGUUAGCACUUCUUGCUAAAUCCCUUUGCAUUUAACCAGCUUACAGUUAUUUCUAGGGAAAAUAUUUUACUUUAGGUUUACUCAAAAACAUAAUGACUGUCAACAGACCUGCUUUUCUCCAUACAUACUGGAGAUUUUCUUCAUCCAUACUGAUUCUGAAAGUACACUUUCUUCUUGGCAUCAAUUAUUCAACAGUAUCAAGUCUAUUUUAUAAGCUGUGUUCACUACUCCCACUUUUUUUUUGUUGUUAUCAUGGAAUCGCUAAGGUUGGAAAAGACCCACAGGAUCAUCCAGUCCAACCAUUCACCCUUCACCAAUGGUUCUCACUAAGCCAUGUCCCUCAACACAACAACCAAACGCUCUUUGAACACCACCAGGGUCGGUGACUCCACCACCUCUCUGGGCAGCCCAUUCCAGUGCCUGACCACCCUUUCAGACAAGUAGUAUUUCCUAACAUCCAGCCUGAACCUCCCCUGGAAGAUUCCCUUGUUUGUUUGUUUUUUUUUUUUUACAGCUCAGACAUCUCCCCUCUAAAAGCAGCCUUGGUAACCUGUGCUUUUAGCUACUGCUCAUUAAUUCAAAUACAUACUCUAUUACAUCUGCAAUAUGCUUGUGCCGAAUCUUCACCCAAAGCUCAUCAUCUUCUUCCAGAAUUGCUUCCUUGUCCUUCCCAUCUGCUUUGUAUCUUCAAAAAGAACAUUCAGGUUGAUUUUUUAGUUUCCUACUCUUUACUGCAUUUCUUCAUUUUUCUAACUUUCUAGGGAGUAUGAGUAAUUAUAGUUUAAGAAACACACAUGGUAAUAACAGUAACAUACACUAGUUUUCACUUCAAAAAUCAAGCUAUGGUAUGAAACAGAACUAAAUUUAUAUUUUACAGAUAGUAUAUUAGAAUAUAGAAGAAUAUAUGAAUUUUAGAAUGGCUCUUUAAGGCAAUAUCUUCUGGAUUUCUUUUUUUUUUUUUUUUUUUUUUACCAACAGCAACUACAGUGUCAAUGAUACAUUUACGUGCACUUCAAUUUCUCAUCAGCUUCUAAAACAAAUUUGGUUGUGACAUAACACGUAUGAAGACGUGCAGCUUUUCGUACCAAAUAUAAAAUAUACUCUAAACCUGAAGGAAAAUUGAAGUCCCAUUCAUCUGCAGAGUAAAUUAAGUACAAACUACUUCACCUAUACAAGUAACAUGCUUCAAAACAUCAUAAAACUACUGUUACUUUUCUACAAACAUAAACAUACAGAACAAAGGAAUGAACCAUCACAUCACAAAACACUUUCAGUUACAGAAACUCACAUAGAUAAGGCGUGAAACCAGAAUGCAGUAAAGUAAGAGAAAAGUUACAAGAUUAAUUAUGCAAGUCAGAUAGUGACUUUACCUAGAAAACACCCUCCGCUACAUUCCAAAUACACAUAACUCAUUGUCAGAAACACUAAAUUCAUAUAAAAUAAACACUCCUGUCUGCUUAAUUGAACAGUGAGUACAUAGACUGAUUUGCUAUAGUGGCUGAUCAGAAAGUAAAGACUGAAAUAUCUUCGGUGUCAGGACAAGUUAUCAGCAAAGCACUGAAACAGUGUCACUAUUCCAAUUAAUAAUAAAAAAGAAAACAUAAUUAAACUGAAGAGAGCUUACUUAAACAUCCAUUUCAGGUAGAAACAUGUAAAUUUGCAUCCACUAUACAAAUUAGAUGACUGGAGCUAUAAAAGUGAGACUUCCUGAAAAAAAUUGAGCUUUUUCUCUAAGGUUAUUGUCUUCUUAGUGGCCUUGUCUGCCUUCCUACACCAAGCAAGGCAGUCUGGAAUCAAUCUGUGCACUAUCAGAGCUUUGAUUCAAGUCUAGUAUUAAGUUCAGAUGUGUUUUUUAAAUAAAAAUAAAACAACCGACAACACAGAUUUACUUAAGCAGACAACUAAAAAAAAAAAUCCACGUUAUUUGUUAGCAUCAAGCUGAGCAAAAGUGUUAAUGUAGUCCUACCUUAAUAGCGAAGCUAGUAAAACCAAGUUAAAAAGCCAAGAGGCAAACUAUUAACUUACCAAAGCAAUCCCUACAUACCAUAAGCAGCUAAAAACACUUACGUUGCAAUUCAGCUAAACAACUCCAUAGAUAUGAUCAAGAAAGAAGUGCUUAAAUUAAAAAGGUACUUGCUUGUAAGUUUCAUUUUCAAUUGGUAGUAGAUCAUACGCCAUUGCCUGGAACGUGAGUUCAUGAAGGACAGUUGAUACUGGGUCAAAGCCUCGAUCGAUUAUUAUUAGUUGUGAGUGGGUUUUAGCCUAGAGAGCCAUCAAGAAAACAUGAAGUUAAGAUGCACUGAUUUUUGUACUGUCCAUCUUAAAUUAAUUUACAGUAAAAUAAAUCACCACACACUUUUUUUUUUAAAGCCUCCUAUUGCUAAGGAACCUUUCUUAAUUAAAAAAACAGUCUGAAUGUAUAUCAACAUAAAUGGAAACAAACAUUUCCACAACAACCAGAACAGUACUUUUAGGUUAAUAAAUAAAAAUAGAACACACAAGCAAGCUCUUAAGGCCUCCCACUGCCUGUGCAUAAAUACAGAUGUGGUUUCACAUCUGUAUCACAUCUGUGGUUUCAGAGUCCUUUAAUUAUAUUCAGCUACAAUACAGGAUAAAGUCUGCACAAAGGCAUCCAAACAUUUAUCCUGGUCUUUAGUAUAGUGGCAGUAGCAUCAGAGACACUUAUUUCUGCAGCAGUGUGCAAUGGCACCAAGUCACAAUGGUUUAUCCCUGUACUUCUAUGUUGAGGCUGCGGCCUAUGAUGUAGGAAUACAUCAGAAUCAUUAUUUAUGUGAAAGACUGCAUCUCUGGGGAAAAGAAAUCCCCUUAAGGGAGCCACUUCACAUAUGUAGCAAAGUCCUUCUUAAAGAAAACCACAAAAAGUGGUAUUAAAACAGAAGUUAUUACCUUCUCUUCGAGUCUGCACCACCCCCUACAACUUUUCAAGGAUGAUUAAUUUGGUCAUUAACUUGCAAACUGUAUUUACUUACAUACAGAUAUGCCACAUGUCGCUACUUCUUGGAAGAGGCUUAUGUACAAACAGCUUAAUGCCAAUUACUUCAUUUAUUUGUAAGUAAAGGCAAACCUAUUUUUGUCAAAGCAAUUGACAAAACAUACUCCAACAAGUGUUUGUUUUUUAGAAGCAGAUAUUUUAGUUCACUUUCUACCUUUAUUUGGCUUUGCUCAUCAGUUUUGUAGUAAUUCUCAAGCUUUUUUUCAACAAGCUGCGCAAGUCUGCUGGCAUUAUCUGAUGGUGUGCUGGGAAAACAGGAAACAAAAGCAACUCAAAUCACUGCAUGAAAACAUUCCAAUGCUACGUUUAAAACAAAUAUUUCCUACUCUCACGGCCCAGCAACAGAACUUCUCAGGUGUUGAAGACAUGCACUUGAGCCCAAAACCAACACACGGUCAAAAGCCCAAAGGUGCUGUUUGAAAGCCCGUCAUUACCUUUGCCUGCUUUCCAAAUAAUUACGCAUAAGACAGCUGCAACUUUGCUUUAAGUUUUAAGCAGAACCCAAUCUACAAAGUGCACAUAGCCUCUCGCAAUGGCCAUAACUCCACAGCUUUUCAGAUAGGCACAGACAUGCAGAGUAACACCUCAGCUGCAAAGCCAGAUGGUACUGUGGCUGAAGCAGAGCAACACUCAGAGGAGAUAUUAAUGGAAAAGCCUUCAAAUCAUUACUACAGGUCUCACUAAUAAAUAUUCAGGUACCUACACAUUCCAUAUAUUAGCAUCUGGAAUCCAUAAAUAUUACAAUUUUUAAAAUAGAACAUGCAUUUGUUUGCUUACAAUAUACUACAAAAGAGACUUCUUAACUAGUGAAGAGAAUUGUUUUAUUUUUCCUCUUAAAAGAAACGUGAGUCUAUUUUAGAAAUUAAGACUACAAUUGAGGAAAGCACAUCAAGAACAAACGUUUGAUCAAUGUUACCCAUGCAAAAAUGCUAGAAUUUCUCAUGUGUGAUGGUUAUUACAGACACAUAUCAAAUCAAUAGGCAAAUGCAACACAUACCAUUUAACUAGUGCAUACACAGAACACGUGCAACACACACACUGGACAAGCAUUACUGUUGGAGCAUGCAAUGCAUGACACAUCUGUAUUUCAAUUAUAAAUUUUACCUCAAAAUUAAGUUUAAGGUCACAAGAUAAAUCUGUGGUCAAACCAUAAAUAAAACUUUCACACUUAAAAACUUCCUGACUCUCUCCUUCCCUUGGAAAAGAAAAACAAAAACAAAACGAAGAAGAAACACAACAACAAAUGGUCAAGCAAUUAUUGCUUCUUCACCUUUGAAAAGAUUAACACAUAAGAAUAACAUUACAUUCCAGAAUGCCACUUCUAUGGCCUUGAGCUAUUAUCAAAUAAUGUAGCACAAGCGAAAACUAAUACACAAAUAAAACAGCCCACCUUUUACACCGCACUCCUGGAUUCUCUUCUAGAGUGGCACACAAGGUAACAAUUUGUUCAGCCAUUGCUUCCAUCACAGCAUCUUUAUCCUUGGAAUUUUCUAGAGUUGGACUGUAACAACAGUAGAAGGCAUCUGGGACAUUGAGUGUAAAUACCUAUGUAAAGCAUAACCAAGAAAAAAAGGCAUAAAUUGUGCACUUGUAAAACAUGUUUAAAGAAGACCUGCUUGUUCUUUAUGUUUUAAGUCACAUAAUGUACAAUUCUGUUAAACAAAGGCUUUACCUCCAUGAAUUCCAACUCUUUAAAGGGAUUAGACCUUGAUGAAAGACAUUUAAUACCACACAGGAUUACUUGUUCAACAAUUCAGUAAGUGGAAUGCAAGCACAGAAACAAUUCCACUGUCUCUCAAAGGCACUCCUCCAAGUUCAGAGGGACUCUUAACUGCAGAGCCAACGAACUUCUAUCCAAAUAAACAUGUCUCCUUCGUUGGAGUUGAUAAUCACCUGGACUUUACCCAGAGUUCAGUCUGAUUAAUUAUUCCAUCACCAGAGAAAGCAGUUACAGCAGGUUUAAAUUAGGAAAAGCCGUUUAUAUUCUCCAUUCAUUUUCUAAGGAUUCAAAAUAUUCUCACAAUCCAAAACAACAAGAAUAGAAAACAAAAAAAAACCAUGAAGAGACCAAGUGCUGUUCUGACAUUUGACAUUUUAAUAAGACUUAAAAAAAUAUAGGAGAGAACUGUUGAAAAGCCAUUUACAGUUAGUUCCACAGUUCCCAAGAGCAGACAUAGUUUUGGGGUUACACUGCAUUAGCAAUCAUCAGGGUGCAUUUCAGUUCUUGAAUCAGGUGAUGCAUACACUGGCAACAAGUUACUUCUCAACACAGCACUCACACUUUUACACUGAAAUCACCGCAAUGGCAGUUACCUUGCUUCCCUAUCAAAAAUACAAGUAGUCAAGUUGCUAAGUUGCAUUUACUUCGGGAGAUUUACAUUUUUUUUUCCCCCUAUCUUCAGUUCUCUUACUCUGUUUGCCCUCUGUUUCCCAUUUACACUGGGUAACUAGCUUUGGAAUGCUAACUAUUCCUGUGCAACAGCCUAAGUCUGUCAAAAUAACAACAUCACACCAUAAGCAACAACAAGAUUUACUGCUUCAAGACAAACCAGAAUACUUUCCUUCUCUUUAAGCACAGAUUCCUACUCUGCCCCCUCUGUGAGAUUUUCUGCCACAACUAAUUCCAAGUUUUGCAAAGAGGUUGAAUGCAAACAGCAAAUCUUGGAGUACAAGAGCAUUUGUUUUCCACUGAAAAACCAUGAGCAAGCACUGGAAAUGUGUCGAAAUGGUAACAAGCCUCACAAACAGUUUGUCAGCACAAAACAGAAAACAAUUAAAUGGAAAUCGCCUAUUAAAAUCAACAACAGUGGAAAACAGUCUUACAAGAUACCAAGUGUGGUUGAGUUAAGGAAUAACACUUACCUGAGAUUCAUAUGGAAAGAAGGAAAUACUGAUUUCCUUGCAUCUCCUUAUUGAUCUGGCACAGGAAGACUUAAUUUUAUUGAAGAGGUUGUCAGGACAAGCUAGAGAAAAAGACACAAAGCUAGAAAUCUCUUGCGCACAUUCCAGCUACAGCUGAAGUCAUUAACAAACACAGUAUUCAAUGCCUCCCAAGUAAAACUUGUUUCCCCAAAAAUGGGUAUUUUUAUCUUUUUCAUGUGCUUUUAGCAUGACUUCUUCGUAGCUUCAAGUUCUGACCCCACAGCUCUCACUAAACUUAGCAAUUUACUGCAUCAUUGAAUUGUCAGCCAUUUACAGUAAAAUAAGCAAUGUGUUGGAACUCCUUGUAUUUAUAUAUGUACCAUUUAUAACUGGUAUUUCACAUUCAAAAUCUUUUUCAAAAAACACUGCUUGUCAUCUUCUACUAGCUUUUGGUAGGUGAGAUUAGAACACUUGCUAGCAAAGUAGAACAGUGAAGGGUAUCAGUUAUAACUGGGCAAAAGUCUCUGCAGUUAAAAGAGAGAAUGCAUAUCCCAUGCUACAAGGAGGUAACAAGAAAAAAUACCAUGCAUCAAACCACCAAUAUACCUAAACUUGACUUCAGAAAUGCACUGUACUACAUUUACAGGCUAUGCUGCAUCCCAGACAAAAAAAAGUAUUUUAAGAGCACUUGGAUGACAAACACUAAACAGACUUAAGUGACAGUAAAGCUCUCACUCUCAGUGGAGAAGUUUUAACAGAAGCUCAAGCUGAAAGCUAGCCAACAUACAGCAAGAAAAGAUGAAGAGAACAACAUAUUUUCAGUGAUAGCAAAAACUGCUGCACCAGCAUCAAAUGAAACAAGAUACCAGGAGACACGGGUAGUAAUUUGAUAAUUGCUAUGACAAAACACAGCUCCUUCAAUUAUCUACUCUGAAAUAGAAAACCUAACUGCUGAAAACCACUAAUUAGUAGAAUAAAUAGUUCAGUAAUUUUAUUUCAGUAUAAAUUAGAACCAUUAGAGCCUUCAUCAACUAAGCUGCUGUCAAUGACAGCCAGACAGAAGCAGACUCACAAGGGCAGCUUGUGGCACACAAAGAACAGUCUUCCCAGAAAGAGAGAGGGGAGGGGAUCCCACCUGAUAAGCUUAAAUACUUUAAAUAUGCAACUUAUAUAACAAAACUAGCAAACCCCUUAAGGAAACAGUACAUAAGUUGUCCAUUCACGCUAAGCUGCCACACAAUAGAGUAAAAAGACACAAUUAAAGCACCAGAACACACUUAAGAAUGGGAGGAACAAAAACCAAACUGAAGAAUUGCCUUUCACUUUGGGCUUGAGAGAGAAAUUCUUCCCUUAAGAGCUAAGGUAAACAGACAGAGCAACUCCUAAGCAGCAGACGCGCAGUACCCACGAACAUAAACUGCCAGGAUUCUGUGACAUUUUCUUCUUUUAAUUUUCCUCCUCUCUGUAUCAUUUUAAGCACAGAGACUGACUGCAAAAUAACAUGCAGUCACAUUAACCAUAUCUGCACUUAUCAGUUAAUCAUCCCUUGAAUGCAUGAUGUUAGGUACCACAUUGUCCCUUCUUUCAGGUAAAGAAAAAAGGAGCUAGUUCACAAGUCCGAAGUAACCAGCUACAAUAGCUAAUGAUAACAUGUUCUUGCCUUAAAGCAAAUUCUCACACAUCUAUACUUUUCAAUAGUUGCAUUUAUACAAGGUACACAGUUUUAUUUCAGUUGCCUUCCUCCGUAUUUUCUGACACAGAAAAAAACGAAACAUUUUCACAAUAAAACUUAAUUAUUCAAGUCCAAAUCUGAGAUAGGGAAUGGUCAGCAUUGGUUAACUGGAAGAACCGAGUAUUGCCACAGCACCUUAAGGAAGUUCCCACAACCAAAGGAAGGUUAAUGAAUCGAGUCUCAAAUCCUGCCUAAAGAAACAAGACCCAAAUGCUCAUGCAGUAUGCUAUAGCAAAGAUAUAAGGAUAACUUAUUUACUACAACAGAGGCAGAUAACAAAACGAAAGCUUACUUACUGUCAGUGAAAUAGACGUAUGCUGCUUUGUAUCUGCUGGAUGAUUUGCUGAUGAAGUCAUCAAUAAGACCAUCUACAGACUUGGGAAGAGUCAGGGAGAAAGAUAUCAUUGAUUUGCUUCUCCUCACAUAGCAAAGUUUCUCCCCCCUCUCUUCCUACACUUUUAAUUACCCAGUGUAGCUUAAGAAUACUGCAAAGCAACAUAAAACGUAAACUAGUAUUUUUCAUUUGAGAACAUAAAUACACUGUGACAAAAUGUCAGUCAUGCACCUCAGCCGAGAUCACUCCGUGAACCAAAGCAGCACACUUGCAUCAUUUGUCAACUGAAAUUUUUUCUUAUGAUACUUUUUGGAAAGUAGCAGCUAUUUCCCAUUACAGUCAUUACUUCAAAUGGUUUAACCUACUGGAUUAUUACUGGAUGCAAUGCCUCUGUCAGUGAGGUUACUUAUGUCCAUACAAUGAAACAUGGCUUCUCUUGAUCAACAGUUACACUGGUUUUGUUUUGUUUUGUUUUUGUUUGUUUGUUUUAAAUACUAACCUUUUUGGUUGGAGUUAUGAAAUAUAUUGCUUUCAUGUGUGGAACAGGCUCUCUGUUUUUAUACACGUUCUCCACCACUACAACACAAGAAAUACUACAUUUCGAUAUUAAGAACUUCAUGCAACCAUAAGAAAAAACACACAUUUUAAUAUAAGGUAAUCAAAAUCACAUCCCCCACAUUAUCCACAAAUUUCCUGUCAAGUAAUCAUCCUCAGCCUAGAGAGCCCUGAUUUUUAUCAACUUAUUUUUUAUUUACCAUUUUAAAUACAAGUUAUCAUAAACCUUUUACAGCACUUACCCUGUCAACUCAGGUUUAGGACUGGGUAUAUCUUAAAUGCCCCAGAAAAGCAGGACAACAAAAGGAUGCUCAAACUACAGGGUACAGUAUGAGUUACUUUAAAGAGAACUGCCUCAUCAAGGUUCUUCUCCUUGGAGUUCAAAGGAGGAGGAAAAUGAAACCACGCAAGCAUCAUCUUGGACUCUAGCCUCUAUUGUACUUUGUUUGCCCAUUUCCUGUGUACUUAGUUUCAGUGUAAUUGCAGGCACAAAUGACACAUUUUCAGGAAAUCAACUCUUCCAUUCAUCUCCUGUUUUUCUGUUUAAACAAAUCCUUACUGUAUACAGUGGUGCAGUACACCAGACUGAAAACACAGAGGUUCACAUCGCUCAGUAAUUUUGAGUAAAAGAGACUAAACAUCAGAUGUUCAGAUGUCAAAAGAUAGGUUUUUUCAACAGUGUAUUCAAUGAAAAGGACAUAUUUCAUACUGAUAAACACAACACAAGCCCACUGAAAGCUUCUCACAAAGGAUAGGUAAAACUCGUGACUAAAAUACAUUUAGAAGCGUAGACAGCUUUACUAUCAAUCUUGUACAAGAAAUAUACACAUAGAAUACGUGGAACAAGAAAAAAAGCCUUGUGAAGAACAACACUGAAUUAACUUUCAUAUCUUCAGGUUAUAAAUUAAGCAUUUAAUCGUGCAGUCUCUUCUUUAAGCAACCUUAAAACUAAUGUGCAAAAUAACUGCGUGACUCCAGUACAUGAAAAGUUAUCUACUAGAAAUUACUCCCAAGCUACAGGGAAAACUGAGAGUUACUUCUCAUACUGCUGACAGUUUUAUUAUUGGUAAAGUAAUAAUUGAUAUCAUUUAGUUUUACACUUUUAAUUACGGAGAGCUCUCAUUUCAUAGAGAAGCCAUAUGAUUUCUGUGCAACAUAUAACUCAAAUUUGAAUUCUCACCUCUACACUGAAUCUACUUGCUUGCAAAUAUCACUCAUGAAUUUGUCAUCUCCUGUUUUCAUUCUCUCUUCAGCACUUAUGUUUCUAUACCUUCGCAUUUUAAUUCAGCUGCUCGUGAGCAGGAAUGCAUUCAAAGCAGCAGAUAAUACUCACUAGCAGAACACAUUAUGACAAACAGAGAGCAGUUCACCUAUUCUUUUAUGCUUUGGCAUAGUUCACUUAAUUCUUUACUGAGAUCUUGUAUUCGUUUCACUUGACAGAUAACAUCCUUAAGAAAUCCACUACUUCACAGAUAACAGUCUCAUCUUCUUGACGUUAGCAAGCAAAGUAAACCACAUCAAUAACCAUGAGCCUUAAAUCAAUCUUCAAUUAUUACAUAAACAUUUUUAGAUCCUAUAGAGGCAGAGAAGUGUUUCAUUUUUUAUUCAAACAGAUUAAUUGAAAUUAACUGAUUAUUCUAAAAGCCUCAAAACUGUCAGUCUAGUACCCCACAGUUACCUGCCUUCAACCCCCAAAAUAAAACAAUUUCUUCUAAGGUUACCAUCAACUCAAUUCUUCCCCUUCUUCUCAGGACAUGGCGAUCCACGUAUUGCCAAGAAUUAUGCUUACCUGUGAUACCUUCUGCCAGUAGAUCAGUCAUUUUGCAGCACAGUGACAGUAAUUUAGUAGUGUAAUCAUCUAAAAGAAUUACCUAAAAUUAAUAAUAAUAAAAAAAUCAAUUAGAUAAAUGGA